CACUGCAUGUUACAACUUCCUCGUUGAGGAGGCCGGUACGAGGACAAUGAGAAAGAUGCCUACACACCUGCCAGAUCUCCUGCUGAUGCUGGCGGUUAUGGCUGUGUGCUUUGGGACAGUCGCUGGUUUCAGUAAUGGAAAAGUGACAGAAGCUUGCAAGAGCAUGGUACCAAAUCAUGGUCAUCAUUCCAGCACCAAAGCCAACACAUACUCAAUAACUGUGGAUAAAAGUAAAUUCAGCCCUGGGGAUCAAAUCAAAGUAACGCUGUCAGCCUCCAAAUCUGGGACCACGUACUUCAAGGGUUUUCUUAUUCAAGCUCGAGAUACUGGCAGGCCUUCUGCAGACGCAGUGGGAUGGUUUACUCUGGUUAAUAACACUGCUUCACAGCUUUUGAAGUGUGGCCACACACAGGGAUCAGCUGUGAGUCACACUAGUGAUGCCAAAAAGACAGAAGUCCAGGCCAUCUGGAACAGUCCGAAAAAUGCCCCAUCCAGUGUCCAGUUUAUGGUGACAGUGGUUCAGCAUUACAAGGUUUACUGGGUGAAGAUCCCUGGGCCCGUGGUAUCUCAGGCUGGGGUAACUCCAGGGCCGCUGCCCUCCACCACCACCUCUGCAGAGACCACUGCACCCAGUGUACUCCCUGGCCCGUUCAGCGCGGAGGGGUGUGGCACCAGGAAGUCCUGCCUACGGGAUCCUGUGGGCUGUGAUCCAGAGACCGACCCCCUGUGUUCCUACCUCUCCUUUACCCCAGAGGGACAGACUGUGCUUUUCGAGCUCAGUGGACCUGCUGAUGGAUACGUCUCAUUCGCCCUCUCCCUAGACAAGUGGAUGGGGAAUGAUGACGUGUACCUGUGUGUGAGAGAUGAGCACAAGGUGGACAUCAAUGCUGCCUACGUUGCAGGUCGCACACAUCCUGUGCCAGCAGCUGAGAGCGCGCUGACCGAUAUGUCAUGGAGGACGUCGGACGGGGUCAUCCAGUGCAGGUUCCGCAGAAACAUACACAUCCCACAGGACCACAACCGAUUUAGCCUGAAUGAGAGCUACUACCUGUUUGUGGCGAACGGACGAGCUGAAAAUGGCAUGGUUCACAGACAUGACCGGCAACCCCUGAUCUCCACCUUUCAGAAAGUAAUCUUGGGGCCAGCUGAAAAUUUAAGUGGCUCACGCUCUCCUGUGCUUAUCAAAUUCCAUGGUGCUUUUAUGCUCGUUGCCUGGAUGACAACUGUCACCACCGGUAUUAUUGUGGCCCGCUACUUCAAGAAUGAUUGGCCACGGAGUGCACUGUUUGGACAAAAGGUUUGGUUUCAGGUACAUCGAGCCCUGAUGAUCCUGACAGUGCUGCUCACCACUGUGGGCUUUGUCCUGCCCUUCGUAUACAGAGGAGGCUGGAGUCGUCGUGCUGGGACUCACCCUUACUUUGGCUGUAUUGUGAUGGCUCUCGCAGUGAUCCAGCCACUCAUGGCGGUGCUCAGACCUCCCCCAGACUCUUCUCGAAGGUACAUAUUCAAUUGGAUGCAUUUGGGUGCAGGCACCAUGGCACAGAUAAUUGCUGUUUUUGCCAUCUUCCUGGGGAUCCACCAGCAGGCCCUGCUCCUCCCAGGGCCCUGGUCCACAGUUGUCUUGGCAGGAUUUGUAGUCUGGGGAGUGGUAGCAGAGCUGGUUCUGGAGUUUCACAGUAGAGGCCACUUUAAAAUAGGGAAUAAGGACGCAGAAGAUGAAGAGGAAAUUCUGUCCAACCCUAAAGACCAAAGCAAUGAGGGCACUCUGUUUAAAAAGGUUGUUGUGGCAGUCUUCCUCUGUGGGAACAUCGGGUUCCUGAGUGUACUCUUAUACACCAUAAGCAGUGUCUGAUGGAAGACCUCAUCAGGACCCCCGCCCCCCCGGCAACACUGCUGCAUCAUGCUGCCUCUGCUUGGUAACCCUGUCUCCAUGACGUGUUUCAGACAGAUACACUAUGAAGAACACAAAAUUCAUUCCUAAUGCUGCAAAUUAUAAUGCACACUAUGAAAAACACAAAAUGUGAUCCGUGCUUUUAAAUUAACUCCUAAUGCUGCGAAGAAUAAUGCACAUGGCACGUAAGUUAAAAUGGUAGUUCAUUUCGACUUAUGGCACAGAUGGCUAAGCUAGGAAAGGAUUUUAGAGCCAUACGUUGGGCUCGAGAUAUUCAACCAUGUAAAACAUCUUCAGCCUAAUAUAGGACCAAAUUCUUUAAGGUUGCACUGACAGAUAUUGAGAAAUGCAUUGAGAAUAACUUGAAUUCUUGGAUAUGUGAUAGGAGAUGCCUGAACACUUUAAUUUAAAGUGCCUUAGUGAUUACAUAGGACAAGCCAUAUUGUGACUUUUGUGCAAAUUUGUACCUCAUAGUUUUUGAUUUCUUGCACAGUGACCAGUUCAAAACAUUUAAACUGUGUCUGUGAUCUGGUUUUUGUGUUUUUACAUUUCCAGAUUUGCAGUAGGAACAUAUAUGACUGCAAGCAUCGCUAUUAUGAAGCAGAUUUUGUUUGUCCGUUUGUUAAUUUUACAGCCAACAUUCCCUAUA